AAGAGGCGGGUCUUUGGAAAGCAGGAAUGCACUGAAAGUUUUCCUGCAGGAACUCUCCUCCACAAAGCUGGAAAAAGAAGCGUCCCAACGACGUGGACAUGUGGACACUGGUGCUGCUGUUUGCUCAGCUCUGUUUCUGCUCUGGGUAUGAAGGGUCAGGACAGUACACCUACGGAGACGAUGAGGACUGGUACUCUCGUAGAUAUAAAGGAACCCCGUGGUGCGCACCCAUUAAGCUGAAGCACGGCGACGUGAGCUGUCGCACUCCCAGAGGGGAGCACUACAAGAAUGCGAUGGGAACUCGUUGUAAAAUCCGGUGUAAACAGGGAUAUGAGUCCCAGAACUCCGAGGUGGUGUGCAUGGCGAGCAGACACUGGUCUUCUAACUAUGCUUGCAGAGAGAUCCGCUGCCCAAAACUCGACAUGCCCAUUAAUGGUGGAUACAAGUGUACAGAUGGCUCCUACUUCAACAGUCGCUGCGACUUCUUCUGCUCCCCUGGCUACACCCUGAAGGGCCAGAAGACAGCAGUCUGCCAAUACAACAAGGUGUGGAGCGCAGCCGGCCCCACAUGUGUUGAUUUGGAGCCCCCCAAAAUCAAGUGUCCCAAUGUAAAGGAUAAGUGGGCAGAACCAGGGAAGUUGACGGCAAGGGUGACAUGGGACACACCUGAGGGCGUCGACACGGCAGACGGGAUCCUUACAGAUGUUAUCCUGAAAGGACCACCUUCAAAAUCAGACUUCCCAGAYGGUCUCCAUAAGUUGUCCUACACUGUGUUUGACCGGGCCGGGAACAAAGGGACCUGUCGUUUCUCUGCCAGAGUUCGAGUGCGUCGCUGCAGUCCGCUGUUUCCUCCAGACAACGGCUACAUGAAGUGUGACAGUGACGGAGACAACUACGGCGCCUCGUGUGUAUUCACCUGCAGCGGAGGCCACGAGCUGCAGGGCAGCGCUGCCAGAGUGUGUCAGUAUGGACUCACCUGGUCCGGUUCAGACACAGUAUGUGCACCCAUGAACAUUAAUGUGGGAGUGCGUACAGCUGCUGCGCUGCUGGACCAGUUCUAUGAGAAGCGGCGGCUGCUCAUUAUCUCCGCACCGACGGCUGCCAAUCACAAUUACCGCUUCCAGAUGACUAACCUGCAG